CGUUUUUUCGUAUUGAUAGCGUUGGCCUUGAUGUCUCCCAGGUGAGCGAUGUAGCUGAAAUCCGGGAUAGCAACAAAUAAUCAAUGCAGGGCAGUUAAUCAAUAUAAAGUGCAUAGCAUGCGUACAUCGCACCAACGGAGGGUCCUUUUGUUUUUGUUAUGCACCGCGCAUUUCAACUUCGCAUCCGAACCGAUUAGGUGUACGCCUUUUAUAUUUUCGAAUAACACUAUCUUAAUAAAAUUGAUUUUUGAAAUUUAGUGAUGAAAUUAACGUUUUAAUUAUUUUUAAUUAAAAAGUGAUUUAUCUAUCUUCAAGAAUGUAAUAGUCUACAAAACAGGGAUUUUUCAUCAUCUAAUAAUAUUUUUUUUUAAUAAAUAGCUGUUUGAUACACGUAGUUAAUUUAUCUGCCGAAGCCAUUAUGAAUAUGACCGAUGGAAACUCAUCUGAGAAAUCAGAUCUGUGUUCGGUCAACAUCGCUGCAAGUGAAAAAGCUGGGAGCUCUAAUAUGGAUCUCAUAUCUUUUACUAACAAUGAAGACUAUGAUGUUAGGACAUCUAAAGAUAAAAUUAAUGCAGGUGCAGAGAAAGAUGGUUUAGCAUCUUCAGCAAGUGCUUCUUCAGUAAAAACAGAAUUAGAGAGCAAUGAUCUAGCGCAAUCUGUUUCGAAAGAAAGUAAUAAUUUAAAUAUAAAAACUGAUUUAAAUAAAAAAUCUACACUGAAUGUAGAAGCAAGUGCUUAUGUUCCACGUUUCAAUUCUCAGAUUGAAGGAUUAAAUAUGCAAAACGAUAUUACUCCUCUAAAAAAAGAUGAAAAAAUAAAAGAAUCUGGGUCACAUAUACCAGAGAAAAAUACAUUUCAAUCGCUUAUAUCGUAUUCCAACGUUUCCCGCAGAACAGGGGCCGUACCGAAGAAAGUAGUGAAAUCGGUAAAACAUGAAGACGAAAUAAAAUUAUCACCUGAAUUACGACGUAUUGGAGAGUAUCACAAUCACGGUUUUAGGAUGUUAAUUCUCAUGAGAGGCGCCCCGGGGUCUGGUAAAUCAUAUUUAUCCCGACAAAUAGUCAAAGUAACUGUUGGAGAUAAUCCUGUGAAUUUUAAAACUCAUAUAUUGAGUACAGAUGAUUUCUUUUCCCUUAGGGGUUCUUAUGAUUUUAAUAAAUAUUAUUUGAGAGAUGCUCAUGCUUGGAAUCAACAAAGGGCGAAAACUGCUAUGGAAAAGGGCCUAAGCCCAGUAAUUAUAGAUAACACAAAUAUAGAGGUGUGGGAAAUGGAGCCAUACGUACAAGCCGGAGUUGCUAAUGGUUAUAAAAUUCAAGUAGUGGAACCGAAAACGCCGUGGGCUAGGAAACCAAAUCAGUUGUUUAAAAAGAAUACCCACGGUGUUUCCUUGUCAAGUAUCACGCGUAUGCUGGAGAACUAUGCAGAAAAUGUAACUGGUGAUUAUUUAAUUCAAUAUUACAAAUUGACAUACCCUGACCAUAUGACACCACCUUUUUUAAGGAAUGAUCCCCCAGUAAUCACGUCGACUUCAAAUAAUAUAGAAUAUGUUCCUAAAGGCGUUCGAAUGGUGACUACCACUAAACGUGUAUCACCUGAAAAAGAACAACAAUCUGCUCAUUCAUCUAUUACAAUUCCAAAUGAAAAAGUAAAAGAUAAGUUUUUUCGUAAUUCCAAUUCUGUUAAAGAUCCUGAUCGUAUAAAAGAUGAAUGUGUGACGCCUAGUCAAUACAACACAAAUCCUAAUAAAAGUCCAGUAUCUCAAAGUCUGGGCAUUGAUGAUACCAAAACUAAAAGCGAAGAAAACAAAAUGGAUCUAUAUGAAAACAUACAAAGGGAAUUAGAGGAUUUCGAAAGACUAGACAGAGAAUGGGAAAGUAAUCCUCCAUGGGAAGAAAAUGCUCAAAAUCAAAAUGACAACAAAAGUGAUUUAUCUAAUGAGCCUAAACCGCCACGUAACUGCAAUUCAACUCAAUCGGAAUUUGUGAAAAUAAAUUGGAAUGCUGUGAAUAACUGCUCAAACUGGACAGAAAUUUCUAUGUUCAUGAAGCCAUGGUCUGAUGGGACAGAAGUCGUAGAAAAAGAACCCGUUAUACCUGUUGAGAAGAAAACUACAGGUACCUGUGUGGAAAUAGGAGACACAGACAUUUAUAACAGCCAAAAUAUUUACAAAGUAGUAUCGGCUAUGCCUAGAGACAUAAAUGAGCAUCACAUAUCGCCAUAUAGAGAAAAAAUCCCUGAAAUGCGUAUGUUAGAUAAGAGCAGCAUGACUAAUGAGCAAUCGCUUGUUCAAAGACCGCGAUGCAAGAACGAAGAGAGGCAUUUCAUUGCAUUUAGAAAAAUGUUCAAAACAAUAUCUAAAACAGGUUUGCGGGACAUUUUCGACCAAUGUCGAGGUGAUGUUAAUUGGGCGGUAGAAAUAGUACUUGAUGGUAUAUCUAACAAUCAACUGCAAUUUUCGGAAACAUUAGAUGUAUCUGAUGUUGAAGAGGAAGACCCUGAGCAAUGUACUUGUUUAUCUGCUUAUGAUAUCGUCCCUACAGUUGUAAAACACGAAAAUGAAAAUUCCGGUGAAAAUUUGGAAGCAGCCACAGGUAAUAUUAUGUAUUAUCAAAGAAAACCAAAACCAGAAUUGCCACUUUCAGAAAUGUCUAUUCAGUUAAAGAGGCAAAUUGAGCAAAAUGUUGUCAUUGCUGAAAAUCACUAUUCGCAGCAUUGUUUAAAAAUAAGAAAAUUGCGCCGUGGCGAAUCUCAUAACGAGACCGAAGAAAAUAAUGUUGAUGAGACUGAAAAUGCUGGGGCGUUAGUUUCUUAUUCACAAUCAAAUAAUGAACAGCCAGAUUCAUUUGCAGAUAAUAGUGACGAAGAUUCUAAUGCUAGUGUGGGAGAAUUUGAGAAAAUUAUUAAUAUGAAUGUUGGUCGGGAAUUUAUUGAAAGUAUGGAUGCAAUGUUCGGACGUCAAGGUAUUACAUAUCCAGAAAAUGUUGUACCUAGGUUAAGUAUUCCCGUAUCACUCGUAAACGAAUUGAAUGCAUUAUGGAUGGAGUCAUUAAUGUACCAACUUGACGAAUGCGAUAAGCAAUCUUCGGCAAUGGUAAAGCAAGAUGAGGAGUUUGCUAGGCAACUAGCCGUGAAAGAAAUGGAAAUGGCGGAAGCCGGCAAAGAACCAGAGGUGCCGGAUUUCAAAGAAAUCAUGGAUAUGGAUUUCGCCAUGUCAUUGUAUCAAAAAGACGUAGAGGAAUGGCGCAAUAAAGAGCCUGAUAACUGGGCAGCUAAGCUGACUAGAGACAAGUUGUUUAACUUAUUCCCAGAUGUUCCACAGGAGACAUUGUCUGAAUUACUUGUGGCUCAUGACAACAAUUUUAAAGCAACGGUGGAGGUUCUCUUAAUGUCUACUGGGAGGACUGAAGUUCUUGAACAAAAUAAUGGCCUAGUAAAAUUCGUUAUGGCCAAAGAACUGGAACGCCAAGAGCGUAUUAUGGAGGAGCAAAAGAAGGCUCUUUCAGAGGUGGAAUGGCCGCUGUUGCCUAGAGGCGAGACAGCCGACAUGGAGACAGUGAACAACUAUCGGAAAAAUGCUGAGCGCCAUCUGGUUAGGAGGAACAAAAGCUACGAUAAAGCUCAGGAAUACUUCAACCGGGGUAUGACGCAAGUAGCAAUGUACUAUUCUGACGUCGCCACUUUCCACAAACAGAUGUUUGACCAAGCGAAUAGUCGCGCUGCUGCAACACUUAUCCAGGUUCACGCUUUAAAGUCCCCUAACAACGCUACGAUCGACCUACAUUACCUACGCGUGGGUGAAGCGUUGGAAUCCAUGGAUUUAUUCCUUGAUUCCCACAUCAAUAAGCUGAAGGAGCUGCAAGCUGCGAACAGGGGCCCGAGGCAACAUAUGCUGUUCUUCAUCACCGGUAGGGGCCUUCAUAGCCAGGGCGGGCCAAGGAUCAAACCCGCCGUGAAGAAGCGCCUUAUGGAACGGGGAUUGCUUUGCAGGGAAAGAAACCCCGGUCUGCUAUGCGCACGCGUCACCGCCGACAACAAGCUGACCUAUCAGGUGCAAAUCUGAUGCAUCCGGAUAUGGUGGGUCUGCCGCUGCCCUUGGCACUAAGUCGGUCGAUGCCAUUAUUUAUAAUUAUCAUGAACAUGGCCUAUAAUUCUGUUCGUAGUAGAUUAUACUCUUACUCACACGUUAGAAAUGAAAAUACAAUAUACCUCUUUUUUGCCCUUUUCAUUGAGGUUAAUUGAAGUGAAGAAAGGGAAAGGAAUUAAAAUAUGUCAAACACUUCAAUUAACUUCAAAGAAACAUUGUAAAAUUAAUGAGUUCGUAAUAGGAUAGUCUCCUUAUUCACGAACGUAAAAAGAAAACAGCGUCUCUCCCUAGCUCUUUCUUUGAAAUUAAUUUGAGUGAUAGAAAGUGAUAGGCUUCAUUUAACUUCAAAGAUAGAAAGAGACGGAAUAUAAGCAUUAUCAAAGUUCGUUAGUAUUAAUGCUGGUCGUAAAAACUAAGUAACACACAUUUCACUUUGAAUGUUUUAAUAGAUAUGUAUGUAUCCUUAUUAUAAUGUAUAAUAUUUAUUGUCUCCUAAUUGUAUUAUGGUAUUAUAUAAGACGUAUUUUUUUUUCUGGUUGCAUACUAAACGUUACAUUGAUGUAUUGACUAUGCGUCCGUCAAUAGAUAAGAGUUUAAAUGUUGUCCAAUAAAGAAAAAGAAAAAAAACAAAAAAAUCAUAAAAAUAAUUAAAAACACAAACAGAAGAUAAAAUAAGUUUUGUGACUACUUUUGCAUUUUAAACAUUCCAUUAAUAGUCAUAGUUAAAAGAGUGGAAGUUCCGAAAACUAUUUCGGAUCUUUUAAAUUGUUGUAAGUGAUAUCUUUUUAUUUCAUUGAUUACAUAUUACAUUUAUUCGUAUUUUAAAAUUUAUAACGAUGUAUGUGGCAACAUAUUGAUUAAUUCGUUAAAAAACUGACAAUCAUUUUCCAAAUUUUUGAAAAUAAAUAUAAUGAUUGCUGGUUCGUUUAUUUGGAACGAUAUUUCAUUAUUAUAAGUAAUUAAGUGCGUAAGUAUUAUUAAAAUUUAUACAAUAAUCUUAACAAUAACUGAUCGAAUUUUUAAGUAAAAAUAAUUAUGGUACAAAAGUGCCAAAUAUUUUCUUCGAAAUUCGUAGGCACUAAUGAUUCUUAUUGUCAAUUGUAAAAUAUAAAUACUUGUUUAAGAAGUGUCAAAAAAAAUCUACUAUUUACAGGAAGUAAAACUUAAGUAUCGUGUCAAUUUCUUGUUGUACAAAUAAGUACAGUAAAUAUGUUUAAAUUUUUCAAUAUAAAGGCGAGUAAAGGGUUUAUGUCAUCAUACAACUAAAGCCGUUUGUUUUGUCGCUAUAGAGGUGCGUACACAUAUAUGAUGCGUCAAAACAUUUUGCUAUUCGUAAGUGUUUUUCAUCUAAGGAAAACCUCUCAUGGCAGAUUAAGUGGCAUCGCUGCGCCAUCUUGCGACAAUAAGACGUACUAUUCGCCUUAUGACAUAUCGUUGGUGGAACGCCUGAUCAGAAUUUGAGAGUAGUGCCAGAGUUUAUCUAGGCUGUGGAUUGCUAGUUGUGAUUAAAUAUUUAAUAUCAAUAUAUACUUCAUAGUUGUGCCUGGUCAGGUCCGAAAGGAAAAUCUAUUACAAGGAUUUACCAUUUAGAUAGGAAUAUCUUUUGUAUGGCUUGUAAUAACGAAUAUAUAGUUUCGUUAAGUCUAGACUUUUCAGACGUUAAGAGAAUCAAAUUCUCAUGUAUAAAAAUAAUUGGCAGCACAAUAAAUUUGUAAAAAUAAAGACUAAUAGAUGCUGGGUCCCAAGCGAGUGCGUUACACACAUUGUUACCGUCCCUUGCGAUGUUUGUAUAUAGGUAGUGAGCUUUACUAUACACGUUUAUUCACUGUUUGCUUAUAAAUGUUGUCCCGCAAUUUCAACAGUGUGUAACUGACUGCUUUCGGCUGUUAUGCAUCAGGCCUUAUUUCGGUAGGAAUCGAAAAUAGAUGGAACUGAUUCGAUAGUUCGUUUAAUCGAUAAAAUCCAAAUUUAUCAAAUUUGACUUAGAAAUUAGAUAGAAAACAAAAUUUAUAAAUAACCCAAUUGGCAUUUAAAUUUGUUAUUUGGCUUAUUAGUCAAAUUUUAUUAGCCAUCUUAAGGUAUUUUCUAUUGAUAUUUAUUAACGGUUAAGACGUUGUUUGAGACAAUUAUAACGAGUCGCUCACUUUGGCCUAGUUAAACCCAUCGAGUUAAAUUAUUGAAAUGACCAAAGGGUUGUUUUGAUUGCUCGAUGUUUUGGUGAGUUUGACCGUUUGGCAAUUGUCAGUCAAAAUAAUUACAGCAAUUGCAGCUUUAUGAAGCUGAUAGCGUGCACGUUCUUAUAGGCACAGUUAGGAGCAUAGAAUAUGGAUUGACACUAUGGUCAAAACUGUACUUUGGUGCAUUAUCGCAGGGGGCAAAAAUCCUUUUGGAUAUGUCGAUUUCCAUCGAGCUUAUUACAUGCUUAUAACCUCUUUCGGGGUUUCCAGGUGAGAAUACAAUUCUAGCCUUUAGUAUAAGGUUUGAUGUCGUAGCCGUUUGGAUGUCGUGAAAAUAUAUCAUAAGCUUCCUUCUUCGCUGUAAAGUUCAGUUUCCCUCAAUAGAUACGCCCAUUUAUAUUCAUUUUAUCUCUAUGUGCUCAGUAUUUUGCUAUGUUUUUCACAGUUUUGUAACAAAUUUAAGCGUUUUAGAACGAUAACUGCUUACAAGCUGAAAGUACAUUCAGUCAGAAAAGUAUCGGGAAUGGAUUAUUUAUUUAUGGUUCCAAACUCAAAUUUUUGUUUUUUUUGUUGUUGUUAGAUUGGCACAACUGUUUUCCAUUUUGGCGCGGAGUUUGAGUUGCAUCUGUUGUUUACAUUAAAUACAGUGCUAUUUUUAGUUAUAUCAUAUCUAGUGUGUAUUGCUAAUUUCAUAAUGGAUAAAAACAUCGAACAAAGAGUUUGUCUUAAAUUUUGCAUUGCCAAUGGAAUAUCGUGUUCGGAGUCACUGAAAAUGUUACAGAAGGCUUACGGUGAAUCGACUUUAUCAAAAACUCGUGCUUAUGAGUGGUACAAAGCGUUCAAAAGCGGUCGAGAUGUGAUGGAAGAUUUGCCUCGCUCUGGUAGGCCAUCAACGUCUGCAACUGAAGUUAACAUCGCAAAAGUGAAGGAAAUAGUGACUGAAAAUCCUCAUUCAACUUUGAGAGAGAUAGCCACCGAACUUUCUGUAUCUCACGAGUCGAUCCGUACCAUUUUAACUAAUAAUUUGGGUAUGAAACAUGUUGCCGCUCGGCUAGUCCCAAAAGACCUGAAUUUUUUUCAAAAACUCAAUCGCAUGAGAUUCGCUGAGGACAUGCUAGAACGAGUCAAUUCCGACCCAACAUUCAUGAAACGCAUUGUUACUGGUGACGAGACGUGGGUUUACGAGUUUGACAUGCAAACUAGUCAACAAGCUUCGGAGUGGCGCCUUCCAACUGAACCGAAACCGAAAAAACCACGCCAAAGUCGUUCAAAAGUCAAAGUCAUGUUGACUGUUUUCUUUGACUAUCGCGGUGUUGUGCACUCGGAAUUCUUGCCGGAAGGUCAAACGGUAAAUAAGGAAUAUUAUUUGAGUGUUAUGCGGCGUUUAAGAGAGCAAAUCCGACGAAAAAGGCCAGAUUUGUGGAAAGAAAAUUCUUGGAUUUUGCACCAUGAUAAUGCACCUUCGCACAAGGCCAUCAUUGUGAACGAAUUUUUAACCAAACACUCAACAAAUACCAUCGAGCAACCACCAUAUUCACCAGAUAUGGCUCCAGCCGACUUUUUUCUUUUUCCUAAACUCAAAUUACCACUUCGUGGCACCCGUUUUCAAUCGGUAGAAGACAUAAAAGAGAAUUCGCGGCGAGAACUGACCUCAAUUCCGGAAACAGCGUUUAAAAAAUGUUUUGAUGAUUGGAUUAUUCGUUGGCGUAAGUGUAUCGUUUCUAAAGGAGCAUAUUUUGAAGGUGAUAAAAUAAAUUUGGAUGAAUAACAAACAGUUUGUGUAUUAUUGAUCUUUUCCUGCUACUUUCUUGACAGAGUAGUACAUCGUGCAAAAACAGUUAUAUUGUGGGGUGUUACCGGUUUUUUUAUUUUGUGUAUUUUAAAUAACUCGACAGUUAGAAUUAUGUGAAAAUUAGGAAUGAUUAUUAGUUCAUGUCUGAUACUGCAUAAACAUUAAUUGCGACACUAUAUACAGGGUGUCCGGUAAAUAGCGAUGCAUAUUGAAAAGGAGCACUUAGUAUCUGAUUCUCCUUUCAAAUCAUAAGAAAAAAAUGGGGUUAAAAUUUUAUUUAAUAAAUCUACAAAAACUGACUUGAAACGAAGAGGUGUCAGUGUGGCGGUGUCUCGCUGGAUGCGUGUUGCGAGCGCAUGGUGUCCAGACAUUGUGCUCUAUUUUGAUUAUUUUUAUCUUUUGAACUACACAGUAAUUUGUAUUUUUUUUUGUAUUGUAAUUGUUUAGCGAGUUCAUGGUUUAAUUUUUCUUACAAUUAUGAAACGCGUUAUAACGGACACUCUGUAUAUUCCCACAGAAACCCCCAACUUGAUCGGUGCGUAAUUUUCCGGCUUUAAUUGAAAAUCAUUACAUACAAAACUGAUGGGAUCAUAGAAUAUAUACUAAUCUUAACACGUGGUUCGGAACGAAGUACAAAAAUUAUUUUUAUUACAGGAAACUAAAGUUUUUUUAAUUAGUUUUUUACUGUUAUCGGUAAAAACCCUAAAAUUAAGAAAUUUUAUUUUUCUGACGGGUACUUUACAUACCCUCUUUAUAACCAUGUUGGAAAAUAUUUAAUAAUUCCUAACUUCGUCCAAAUUGACAAUCUUUUAUAGGUUAUAAGUUAGGUUUUUGACCUUAAAAUUAUAGACCGAGGUCAUAACGGAUUUGUUAAUUUUACUUUUUAGUAAAAUUAUUUAAUUUUUUUGGGGUUUCGUACCGAAAAUGUGCCAAAAAUCGUAAGUGUAGGUGUAUUUAAAAGUAGUUCACAUACUAUGCCCUUUCAUUCUCUUAGUACCUGAUAUAUCAACUACAAGUCGAUGUAGGACCAUAUAAUACUUUAAUUCUCCUCAUAUAAAUAUUAAUUUGAUGGCAAACUACUAUGACAAAAUAAAAUUAUAGUUAGAUGAUUAAGGUAUAGGUUGACCAAACUAUUAACUAAGUAAUUCUUAUUUAUAGUUAUAAUUUCAAUUUAUUAAUUUAAACUUUUUACUUUAAUUCAUAUUAAACAAAAAAGCAACUAAAUUAAUAAGUACACUUUCGAUAGCGAAGCAGAACUCAAUCUUCCAAUAUUUAGUUGUAACUACUACCUACUAGUCCAGUCGCAGCAUGGGACGUCGUUUCGCGCGAAAUAAUCGCAGUUCCGUUUUACGUCAUAAUAAAAAGCGCAGUAGCGAUAGUUUUUCGCGCGAUAAACACAGCGUCGCGCGUGCCAUGCUACGGGGGCUGGAAUACUGCCUUCAUCUUUUUUUAUAAUAUUAAGCUGUUAUAAGCGAUUCGUAUGCUCAAGAAACUACUACUUUCUAGGAUUAUAAUGAUUCCUAGCAGUUGGGUAGGCGACCGAAAAGUUAUUUUUCAGAUACAAACUUAUACGUAAUUUUACAUCUUCUGUUUUUAUUUGGCAGCGUUACUUUGUCAAUUAAAAAUCAACCUACUUAAGGUACGAAAUCCUGCAUCCGCAAUGUAAGUUCGAAUAUUUGUGAUACUGAAGGACAAGUACCUAAUUUGAAAAUUUUCAAGUACAAUCGAGUAAAUCCUAUGUUAAUGAUAAAUGGUGGACAAUAUUUUGUACUUGUGUGCUCUUCAAUUAAUUUAUUAUUUUAAUACUAUUCAACGUCUAUUAAUAAAAAUAAUCUUUAAUACGAUUAUUUCAUUUGAUUGGUUAUAUUUUUCUAAUAAAUAAAUUUAUUCGCUUAAAAGUUAAGUCAAAUACAACGACCGUACUAAAUUCCCACUGUUAUGAGAAUUUAAUUUGGGCUUUUCUCUUGAUCGUAUGAUAAGUAUUAAAGAUUUUCUACUAUUACCUAUACAUAUUAAUUUUAUAAUAUUUUAAGGCAUUGGCCUACUUAGUGCUAAUUUGGUGACUAUUUAGUUAUAUAAGUGAAACAAGUGGGUGAAAAAAACCAAAAUGAUAGAUUUGAGCUUCUAAAGCAAAUUAUUUUACUAUCUUAUGUUAGAAGACUCUUUAUCUUUCUACGAUUAUAUGUAGUGAUUACAAAUAAGGUUUGUUCGUAGUUAUAAAUGUGUAUUUGUCAUUAUAAUAACGAUCCAAUCGCAAGUUUUUAAAUAUCAGUGAAUAAAAAUAAUGGGGAAAUAUUUCUAUCUGAACUACUUAAUAAAAUAAAAGCUAUACCAAAAUAUUUGUAAUACAUUCAGUAAGUAAUUCAAAAAUAAUUUUAAAAGUGUAACUUGCGUAUGGAUCGCGAUCUAGUUAUCAUAAUCAUAUACAUGUAUUCCUAUAUUGUAUACGUCUAGCAAAAGAAGGAGAUAUGUCGAUAAAUCUUCGAUUGAUUCGCAUCUACGGUUAACUAGAUGGCGUUCUAUUGAGAGGUUCUAUUUUUGAAAUCGAGACAUGUCGAUAAAUCAUCGCUUGAUUCGCAUCUACGGUUGAUUAGAUGGCGCUCUAUUGAGACGACGAAAGAAAUCACUCUUUUUCCUGGGCGUGCUGAAGUCAUCAAAUUUUAAAAAUAGAUACCCCUUAAUGCAUCUCCUUCAAUGCUCGAUAUGUGUAAUACAUUCCGCCUACACAAAUAGCAGUAGAUCAAGUUACUCCACAUUUCAGAGUAAAUGCAAUAGUGUAAUAGAGAGCGUUGAAAACUGUUUUUUAUGUAACGUUAUACAGUUAUGUAACGUUGUAAAGAACAAGUGGUUUUUCUUUAUUAUUUAUAGACAAUAAAAAAUACUAUGUCCUGAAAAGGUAAUGCAAGAAGCGUAACCAAAUUUUCUUAGACCGUAUUUAUUUGUUUUUGCAUAUUUUGCUGUGAUCCUAUAUUUUGGUUGCAUUUCAUUCGGGGGCAGUAAUAAAGUUAGCAAAAAAUCAAUGUCACAUUAAGAUUUCGUAAUAUGAUAACUUGAUUUACUGUUAUUUUAACUGCACCCUUUUAUAUACGUAGAAAAUAAGUAAUAUACGCGCUUGAGUAUCGGAUAGAAGAGGAUUAUUUUUUCAUCUGAGAACAUUCAAACUCAAGUAUGUAAUUACAUGUGUAUUAAGAAAUGCGUUUCAUUCGCAGGAUACAUUUAAAUUCUAAUGCCAUUCCCGUUAUACUGUCAGUUUCAAUGUUCUUUGAUAAAAAAUAAUCAAAUCUGUAAUUCAAUUCUAUUCUGCACAUUCAUUAUAUAUUGUCGUGACUAUUCAAUGUAAUGUGAAUUGAUGUUUUGGUUAUCGAAGACAAUUAAGACAUAGUAUUAGUCCUUUUUAUUUAGUUUUAUUAUUAAAAGGUAUUGCCAAAGUUUAUAUUGUUUUUGAGAUUAAGUAUUGAAUAUUCGAUUAGUUUGGGUUAUGGAUGAGACUUGUGUAAAAUCUAAUUCAUCGACGGUGGUUCCUCUAUUUAAAAUUAUGAAAUAAACGCACAUAUCAUAGUUUUAUCAAAAUAUAUUAUAAUUGCAUUAUUCAAUUUAUUGUUAUGUUCGUACUUUAUGAUAAAAUAUCCACAGUCAUAAGCUAUGUUUGUAUUAAUUUUAAGUUUGGAACUGUCCUAGAUGAAAAGAAAACGUUUUUUUAUUUGGCAAGUUAAAAUAUAGGAGAUGUAAAGUAUGGUUGAAUCCCACCUUGUUCGUCCGAUUUAGCAUUUCAAGAUGAUUUAUCAUGAAUUAAUUGAGCAGAAAAUUCUCUAUUAAUUACAUAGAAAUUGAUUUUUUUAUUCUCACUCCGCCUUACUCUUCCAUUUGUGUUUUCAUAGUCGUUCUAUGGAAUUGAUGCAAUAUUGUAAGGAUAUUUUUAAGUUUUUCUGGAAAUUAUUUGAUGUCUGUUUGUCUUAUACGUAUGAACAUUUAUUAAAGUAUGUUAUGUAUUAUCAAUAUUGAAUAUGCUAUAAAUGAAAAAAAUUGAUUUUGAGUCAAAUUGAUAUGAAAUCUUUAUUCCAUAAUCAAUUCUUGUACAAUGAGUAUAUUUAGAAGUUGCCAAUAUUCAAAAUUGGUAAUAUUUCUUAAACGGUUCUUAGUUGGGUCGUCACCCCCUAAGUUACAGGGUUUAUCAAUUAAGAUUUUUUUGUUACCCGCCAUUUUAAGUAGAUAUAUCUUAUCAAUAAACUUUUUUUUAUUAUAAUUACAUUUAUAGAUUUAUUAAGUUUUAUUUACUUAAUGAAGAAGGUGGGUAUUAGUAAUAUGUAAUAGCGCUUGUACAUUUAAAUUAUUUAGAAGUUAUUUACUACCCAUAAAUCCAAGACAAUUCGAAUAAAAUAAACAUGAACAAAUUAACUAAGCCGGUCAAACGUUUAUAAAGAUUAAAAAAAAAAUACGCAACAUUUUUUACUAGGCGGGAAUACACAAAGCAAUGAGAGCGUUUUUGAACCGUUUUGUGAUCACCAGUUGGCGCCACUGUUGACUUAAGUCGUAAAGAAAGUCUUCUUAAAGUUUUCAUUAUUAGAUAUACAUGUUAAUUUUAGAUCAAAUACUUUUGUAAAAUUCAUCGAACAAAACUGCUUUACUUUUAAAUUGGUACUGUGCAAGCGCUAUUAUAAAGCAAAACAGAAGCAAUAUGGCGCUUUAGGUAAAGAGGGUGUUUAUUAUAGGGCUUGUGAGGGAACGGAGAAAUUGGUGCUGCAAAAUUAGGCAUAUUUUUAUUGGACUUAAAUUGUUUGUUUGGUUAUUAAUAAUUUUGGGUCAAGAUGAAGGUCGGAAACAAAGAAAUUAUGAAAUUUAUGUUAAUAAUAAUAUUGUUUGUUUUAUUAUUGACUCUAUAAUUGUUUUCCUAAAUUUGUAUACACUUGCUAGUCUUAAAUUUUGUAAAGUAAAUACACGAAUCAACGUAUUGGUUUACCAUUCCGUGGAACAUAUUGGUUCGAAAUGACAAGGCUACAAGGUCCCUCUUGAGUGAGAGAAAAUUAAAUAGUACUGAUUGUAUUGGAUUGGUGACGGGUAGAUAGUGUUACAUCGUAAAAUAUAUACAUUAUAUACCUUAAAAUCACGUCUUUAUCCCUUGCGGUCUAGACAUAGCCGACAGUCUCGACAAGAUUAAAAACGCCACGUAAAAUACUUUGUUGAGUUUAUAUCGCAUAUGGAAUCUCUUUUCGGAUUUAAACAAUAUUUUAGUCACUUCCUUACUUAAUUACAAAUUUCUUGGUACAAGAACCGCAAGGAAUAAAUGUCAGAUCAAAUCUUUCAGAAAAUGCAAGCACUUAGUAUAUGUUUUAUAAUCUCUUUUUCGCUUUAGAUUAUGAUGAAGAGCUCUGAUGAGUAAAAUUUCAUAUACGUCACGUAAUUUAACGUCACCUAAAUUUGUAUUUAAUCAGUAUGUGUUGGGACCAAAAAUAAAUUGCUUUUACAAAAUUUGAGACUUGUUAGUGUUAGUGACAAUACUGAUUUCGUUAUGUUUUCAUUAAAAAGUAGUUUACACAUUUUAGCUGUUAGCCCUUAAUAUUGGUGUCUGAAAACAAAUAAAUGUAUGUUUAAUGUG